GGCACUUAUAAAUAGGGAGGCCCCAGAAAGGAAGUGGAAUUUCAAAGAAGCUGGAUGGGCCUACCUCUAUCCCACCUUUCCUCCUCUGUUCCAAGCCUCUUUCCCUUAACAUCCGGCCGAGAAGCACCAACCAGCAUCCCCAGAAGAAGUUUCCAUGCGAGUCACAAACACGCACUCCAGAGCCGGGAGGGGGCCACACCCACAGGUAACAGACGCACGCAGAUUUCAAAGCAGGGCCAGAACUUUUUAACAGUCCGGAGCCCAGAAAGAGGAAGGAGGAGGAGGGCGGGAGUGGGGCAGGCAAAGGUGCUGCCCAGGAACGAGGGACCCGCUGCACGAAGUCCCCAGCGGAGCCACCUCCCAGACCUGCGGCCGGGUCAGGUACCCCAAGGCCAAGGGCGACCCCGGGCUCGGUUCCCCACCCGCGGGGUCGGACGUGUCGCCGCACAAAGGGCCUGUGGGUGGAGGCCUGGGCCCGCUGCUCUCCUGCCCCACCCCGAACCACACUCCCCGGUCUCCAGCAGGACCCGCAAAGCGAGCGAGGACGCCCUGCUCCAGCGAUGCCCCCGCGGCCGGGCCGAGCUCCAGGCGCGCGCGCUCCGACCCGGAGGGGAGGGAGAGAAGGCUCUCGGAGCAGCCCCAGAGCCCCCGCGGCCGGGCCUGGCUGCCCGCCUCCCCUACCUGCUGCAGCGGGGCUGGCGACGGCGGCUGCUGGGUCCAGCUGCGCUCAGCUGGUUCCGGGCCACGGGGCGGGGGCCGAGGGGCGGGGCGCAGGCGGGAGCCGCUCUCGGGGUGGGGCGGGGCCGGGCGGGAGAGGGAGGAGCACCAACCCCUCCCGCAGGCAACCGGGAGCACGGAGACUGGAUCCCGGUUAGAGUUCUUCCAGUACGCAGUGUGAUGCGUUACCAACCCCUGGCAUCCAGCGCCCAGCUUUCCCCAGCAGGAAACUGA